GGCACACUAAUCCUGCAGCCGAGUGGGCCCGAAUCUCAAAAAUUCAAAAUUCGUGUAUCUGUCGGAUUCGUAUUUGUAUCUCGCAGUAGAGCAGACGCAAACCCGCUUAACGGCGAAACGAAGUUUUUGGAUAGAGCGGACGCCGCGGAGUUUUCGAUUUCCGGAUUUCGGAGAGGAAUCGUCGUCGGUGAAUUAAAUUUUCAGCACCAACAAAAAAAACAAAUUAUAAGUGAAGAAAAUCCAAAGGACUAAUUUAAAUAACGAACUAUCAACGCGUAUCUUUCGUCGGAAAGUUGCAAUGUUUUCGAAGCCACGCAUCUGAGGCACUUAAUGCCGCGACACCGAAGUUAAAGCCGAAGUUGUACCGCCGCCAUCGCCGUUGCGCCCCAGGUCGAAAAGUGCUCAAACAAGAUUUCCACUUGAAAUUCCUGAAUUUCGUUGUCUGCGCAAAUCGAAACGAAUUGAAAUAUAAAAGCGCAAUACGAAUCAAAUUUAAGUUGCGGCUCCAAGUUCUCCUCCCAGCCCCCCUCUCGUACGCAUUUUGCUGCAAGUGUAGUGUUGUGUGUGUCCAGUGUUCUUUGUUUGUCCUGCCCGCUGCCCGAGUUAGAGGCCUCGAUUUGGAUUAGCUGUGUGUUUGCUGGACGAAAACGAUGCGCCCCGCUGAAACCGGUGAUGAUGAUAAAGUUGCUGCCGGCUCGCCUUCGGCUUAGCUGCUGACAGCCAAGUGCACGGCACUGGCACUGGGACUGGCACUGGUCCGGUAUCUGAGUCUGGAGAUACUCGAACAAAGGAAAGCAAAAGUGCAUUUCCUGCUAAUUCACCAAGGGUUCUGUGUUCUACCUACCCUGCACCCGAAAGGUUCUACCUACGUCUCGCUGGACUCGGACUCAUUCGCUUCGAGGCACUCGCUACUUUCGGUCGCCGGGCUCGCACAGACGACAGCUGCUGUUAUCCGCACAGUUUGGUCAAGAGACGCGUUCGCGACGGCCGCCGAAGAGAGAGCGGCUUCCGCCACGGACUACGGCAAACUACGGAGUGAAGAGUGAAGAGCGAGAGCUCCGCGGAGCGGACUCCCCCACCACAGCACUGCGAGGAUAUUCAGUGAAGUGAACCGUAAACAGUGAACCGUGUAUAGUGAGGGGCCAAGGCCUCAUCAAUCCUUUCCUCGCCAAAUAUUUGCCCCGCUCUGUUGACAAAGUGGAUAGCCAUUCGGGGGCCACACUUUCAAUUAGGCACGUUGCCGCUUCAUCUUCUUAAAUGUGCCACAAUGGCCGCGCCGUCCAGGACGACGACGUCGAAGCCACCCCCCUUCCGAGCCCUGAUUGCCCUUCUGCUCCUGUUCAUCCUGCGGCAUGAUGAAGUGUACGCGGAGCCGUACGCCGGAGGCUUUGGGGGCGCCGUGUCCAGUGGAGGCCUCGGUUCGGUUGGCAUCCACAUUCCCGGCGGCGGAGUCGGGGUCAUCACGGAGGCCCGCUGCCCGCGGGCCUGCUCCUGCACAGGACUGAGCGUCGACUGCUCGCACAGAGGCCUCACCUCGGUGCCAAGGAAGAUUUCAGUGGACGUGGAAAGACUCGAUUUGCAGGGCAAUAACUUGACCGUUAUCUACGAGACGGACUUCCAGCGGCUGACCAAGCUUCGGAUGCUCCAACUGACGGACAACCAGAUCCACACGAUCGAGAGGAACUCCUUCCAGGACCUGGUCUCUCUGGAGCGACUACGCCUAAACAACAAUCGACUAAAGGCAAUUCCUGAAAACUUAGUGACAAGUUCAGCGAGUCUUUUGCGAUUGGACAUCUCCAACAAUGCCAUCGUCACGGUGGGCCGGCGCGUCUUCAAGGGCGCCCAGUCCCUCAGGAGCCUCCAGCUGGACAACAACCAGAUCACCUGCCUCGACGAGCACGCCUUCAAGGGCCUGGUGGAGCUGGAGAUACUAACGCUGAACAACAACAACCUGACGGCGCUGCCCCACAACAUCUUCGGCAGUCUGGGGCGGCUGCGGGCGCUGCGGCUCUCCGACAACCCGUUCGCCUGCGACUGCCAUCUGUCCUGGCUGUCCCGCUUCCUGCGCAGCGCCACCCGCCUCGCCCCCUACACCCGCUGCCAGUCGCCCUCCCAGCUGAAGGGCCAAAACGUGGCGGACCUGCACGACCAGGAGUUCAAAUGUUCGGGCCUGACCGAGCACGCUCCGAUGGAAUGUGGGGUGGAGAACAGCUGUCCGCACCCAUGUCGCUGCGCCGAUGGAAUCGUCGACUGUCGCGAGAAGAGCCUGACCAGUGUCCCGGUAACCCUGCCUGACGACACCACCGAGCUUCGCCUCGAGCAGAACUUCAUCACGGAGCUGCCGCCCAAGUCGUUCUCCAGCUUCCGUCGCCUGCGCCGCAUCGACCUGUCCAACAACAACAUCUCCCGGAUUGCCCACGACGCCCUGAGCGGCCUGAAGCAGUUAACCACUCUCGUGCUGUACGGCAACAAAAUAAAGGACUUACCCUCGGGCGUGUUCAAAGGACUGGGAUCGCUGCAGCUGCUGCUUCUGAACGCCAACGAAAUCUCGUGCAUACGCAAGGAUGCCUUCCGCGACCUGCACAGCCUCAGCCUGCUCUCCCUCUACGACAACAACAUCCAGUCCCUGGCUAAUGGCACAUUCGACGCUAUGAAGAGCAUCAAAACGGUACAUCUGGCCAAGAAUCCUUUCAUCUGCGACUGCAAUCUGCGCUGGCUGGCCGACUAUUUGCACAAAAAUCCCAUAGAGACGAGUGGAGCCCGCUGCGAGUCACCGAAGCGGAUGCAUCGUCGUCGGAUUGAAUCGCUGCGCGAGGAGAAAUUUAAAUGCUCCUGGGAUGAAUUGAGAAUGAAGCUGUCCGGCGAGUGCCGCAUGGACUCGGAUUGUCCGGCAAUGUGCCACUGCGAAGGCACCACCGUGGAUUGCAGUGGUCGGGGUCUGAAGGAGAUUCCCCGGGACAUUCCCCUGCACACGACUGAGCUCCUGCUCAACGACAACGAACUGGGCCGCAUCAGCUCCGACGGCCUCUUCGGACGGCUGCCGCACUUGGUGAAGCUGGAGCUGAAGCGGAACCAGCUGACCGGCAUAGAGCCGAACGCCUUCGAAGGAGCCUCCCACAUCCAGGAGCUGCAGCUCGGGGAGAACAAGAUCAAGCAGAUAUCCAACAAGAUGUUCCUGGGUCUGCACCAGCUGAAGACUCUCAAUCUUUACGACAAUCAGAUCUCCUGCGUUAUGCCUGGUUCUUUUGAGCAUCUUAACUCCCUGACGUCCCUGAACCUCGCCUCGAAUCCAUUCAAUUGCAAUUGUCAUUUGGCCUGGUUCGCCGACUGGCUGCGGAAAAAAUCGCUCAACGGGGGAGCAGCACGUUGCGCGGCGCCGUCGAAGGUACGUGACGUGCAAAUCAAGGAGCUGCCCAACUCGGAGUUCAAGUGCAGCAGCGAGAACAGCGAGGGCUGCCUGGGUGACGGCUACUGCCCCCCGUCCUGCACCUGCACCGGGACCGUGGUGCGUUGUUCGCGCAGCCAGCUGAAGGAGAUACCCAGGGGCAUUCCGGCAGAGACCUCGGAGCUCUACUUGGAGUCCAACGAGAUCGAGCAGAUCCACUACGACAGGAUACGGCACCUGAGGGCGCUCACUCGACUCGAUCUCAGCAACAACCAGAUCACCAUUCUCUCCAACUACACCUUCGCCAACCUCACCAAGCUGUCCACCCUCAUCAUCUCGUACAACAAGCUGCAGUGUCUGCAGCGGCAGGCGCUGUCGGGAAUGCACAACCUGCGCGUGCUCUCGCUCCACGGCAACCGGAUCUCGAUGCUGCCGGAGGGUUCCUUCGAGGACCUCAAGUCGUUGACCCACAUAGCCCUGGGGAGCAACCCGUUGUACUGCGACUGCGGUCUCAAAUGGUUCUCCGACUGGAUCAAACUGGACUACGUGGAGCCCGGCAUUGCCCGGUGCGCCGAGCCGGAGCAGAUGAAGGACAAGCUGAUCCUGUCGACGCCUUCUUCCAGCUUUGUGUGCCGCGGCCGCGUCAGGAACGACAUCCUCGCCAAGUGCAACGCGUGCUACGAGCAGCCCUGCAGGAAUCAGGCCCAGUGCGUGGCCCUUCCGCAGAGGGAGUACCAGUGCCUCUGUCAGCCGGGCUACCACGGCAAGCACUGCGAGUUCAUGAUAGACGCCUGCUACGGGAACCCCUGCCGGAACAACGCCGUCUGCACGGUGCUGGAGGAGGGCCGCUUCAGCUGCCAGUGCGCUCCGGGCUAUACGGGGGCCAGGUGUGAGACGAACAUAGACGACUGUCUGGGGGAGAUCAAGUGUCAGAACAACGCCACCUGCGUAGAUGGAGUGGAGUCCUAUCACUGCGAGUGCCAACCCGGCUUCACUGGAGAGUUUUGCGACACCAAGAUACAGUUCUGUUCCGCGGAGUUCAAUCCCUGCCAGAACGGAGCCAAGUGUCUGGACCACUUCACGCACUACAGCUGCGACUGCCAGGCCGGAUUCCACGGCACCAACUGCACGGACAACGUGGACGAUUGCCAGAACCACAUGUGCCAGAACGGGGGCACCUGCGUGGACGGGAUCAACGACUAUGUGUGCCGCUGCCCGGACGACUACACGGGCAAGUACUGCGAAGGGCACAACAUGAUCUCGAUGAUGUAUCCGCAAACGUCCCCGUGCCAGAACCACGAAUGCAAGCACGGGGUGUGCUUCCAGCCCAACGCCCAAGGCUCCGACUACCUCUGCAGGUGCCACCCGGGCUACACGGGCAAGUGGUGCGAGUAUCUGACUAGCAUCAGCUUCGUGCACAACAACUCGUUCGUGGAGCUGGAGCCGCUGAGGACGCGUCCGGAGGCCAAUGUGACCAUUGUGUUCAGUAGCGCGGAGCAGAACGGCAUACUCCUGUAUGACGGACAGGACGCUCACUUGGCUGUGGAGCUGUUCAAUGGCCGCAUCCGCGUCAGUUACGACGUCGGCAACUACCCGGUCUCCACGAUGUACAGCUUCGAGAUGGUGGCGGAUGGGAAGUACCACGCCGUCGAACUGCUGGCCGUCAAGAAGAACUUCACUCUGCGAGUGGACCGCGGCCUGGCCAGGUCAAUCAUCAACGAGGGAUCCAACGAUUACCUGAAACUAACGACGCCCAUGUUCCUGGGCGGCCUUCCCGUGGAGCCCGCCCAGCAGGCCUACAAGAACUGGCAGAUCCGAAACCUGACCAGCUUCAAGGGCUGCAUGCGGGAGGUGUGGAUCAACCACAAGCUGGUGGACUUCGGCAACGCUCAGCGCCAGCAGAAGAUCACCCCGGGCUGUGCCCUGCUCGACGGGCAGGAGCAGCAGGAGGAGGAGGACGAUGAGCAGGACUUUAUGGACGAGACUCCGCACAUCAAGGAGCAACCAUCGGAUCCCUGCCUGGAGAACAAGUGCCGCCGGGGCAGCCGCUGCGUCCCGAACGCCAAUGCCCGGGACGGCUACCAGUGCAAGUGCAAGCACGGCCAGAGGGGACGCUACUGCGAUCAAGGUGAGGGCAGCACUGAGCCCCCAACAGUCACCGCGGCCUCCACCUGUCGCAAGGAGCAGGUGCGCGAGUACUACACGGAGAACGACUGCCGAUCCCGGCAACCGCUCAAGUACGCCAAGUGCGUGGGAGGAUGUGGCAACCAGUGCUGCGCGGCGAAGAUUGUGCGGCGGCGCAAGGUGCGCAUGGUGUGCAGCAACAACCGCAAGUACAUCAAGAACUUGGACAUCGUGCGCAAGUGCGGAUGCACCAAGAAAUGCUACUGACUGAAAGAUGCGACUACCCAAUUGCUCAGCUGGAGCAAUAGCAGCUUAGAUGUUAGUUUAAGGACAGGUUUAAAUGUAACUUAUUACAGUAGUAGUAGUAAUAGUAGUGUAAGUGAUAGAAUUACGGAUAGGCAGGCAGUGGCGGGGGGGAAGACAGCUGAGGAGAAAAAGGAGGAGGACGACGUUGAGGGGGACUAUCCCACGGAUGGUAUCGAUGGCAUGCAGGCCGAUCUCUACGACGAUACCAUCGACGAUGAGCUCGAGGAGGACGAUGGUCUGGACUAUCCGGACGAGGAGAGUGGCGAGGACGAGGAGCCGGAACAACUUCCGGAUCCGAAGGGAUUGGUGAGUGUGCCGGACGAGGAGGAGGACAUGGGCUACGAUGAGGACGACGAACGUAUUGCCAUGGAGCGUCCGAGGACAGUGAGGCCGAAGCCGGACGAGGAGCUCUUCCUGAACGAAGAGGGCAGUGGUGGUUUUCGAUCGAGAUUCCGGCCGAGUAGUGGCAACAGCUUCCGCCAAAGCCAGCUGGAGAACAUUCGCAAGAAGCUGCUCACCGAGGAGCAGGCUGUGGCGAUCGCCGUACCGAGCACUGCCAUCGAUCUGCGCGAGAGCAGCGGUCACUUUGCCAACGAUGACGAGGAUGGCGAAGAUGGCGAUGACAGCGUCGAUGACGAGUUCCCCGACACGGGCGGAAACAGCCAGGGGCACGGCUUCUUGAGCUCCCAGCGGAAGAGCGGUGCUUACCACAGGAAGAACGGCAACGACGCCAUCAAGAUCAUAUCCACGCCGUUGGGCAAGGUGAGCAUUGUGUACCAACAAACGGAUAAGGAUCAGGCUGCCGAGAAGGAGCAGGACAAGCAGCAGCAAAAGAAGCCGGCGCUCACCGACUUCGAUGCCCUGUCGCCGGACCCCGAGAGCAGUCAUCGCUUUCCGUCGCCUCACCCCAAGAUUACGCCCGUUCUAACGCCCGAUGGCAAGGUGGCGCUGCUCUAUCGCGGAGACUCGGAGAGCUCCAAGUACGAGCCCAUUCGCAACCUCACCACCCACAAAUUCUCCGGGCACCAGGCAAAGGCCAGUGCCUCCGAGGACACGUCCUCUUCGGAGGAUUCCGUGUACACGGACAGCGAGGAUGUCGAGGACAACCCAGCUGGCGGAGGCCAGGGCGCAGCUGAAAAAUCAUUCCCUGCGACAAGUACGCCCAAAACUCUGCAACCGGAGAUUGUGGAGCCGCCAGCCAAUGUUCAGCCGGGAGGAAGCUUCAUCAUUCGGCCCACUUCGGACUCACUACUGCCGAUGAUCAACCGGCCCUUGUCCGAGGUGCUGGGCAUCAAGAAGAACCAGUUCCAGGAGACGCGAGUCCGCGACCAGCUGCCAACCCAGCAGCCUCCAUUGGUGCCGGGGCUGAUGCCGGAGACGGUCACCUCGCGCAGCCCACAGUUCCUGGCUAAGGUCAACUUGGCCGAGUUCUCCACCUCCGGGCGGACACUGCAGCAGCCGUUGAUGCCGGGCAACCGGGACUUCGACUUCAGUCGGGACAACACGAUGCUGGACGAGCGAUCCCGGGUGCGCGAACGGGAGCGGGAGAAGGACCACAAUGAGGCCACCAGCAAGGGCGGUGGCGCCACAGAGGCGCACACCAUUGCCAAUGAGCAGAUGCUGUCGAAGACAGAGGUCAUCAACCUGGCGAUUGUGCCGCAGUUCGACGAGGACCUGGAGCGGCUCCAGCGGCUGCAGGAGAGCAGUGGGCGGCGCCACCACCGGGCGCGCCAUCGCCACCGCCAGCAGACGGAGGAGGAGCUGUCCGGCAUCCACUGCAUCAUGCAGGUCAUGAUGGGCGUGGCCGCUGUGUCCACUGUCUUCGGCAUGCUGGGCACCUUCUUCAAGCAGCGAAUACUCGAUCAGUUACGCAUGAUGCACUGGUAGUACAACAUGGGGGUGGCACGCCCCUCCCAUCCGAGUUCCCGCUAUGUCCCCCAUUCCCCUCCCUUCACCCGCCUCAUCGUCGCGGCUAUCGUCCAGGCGAGACUGCUGCCCUUCUACUACUGCUACUAGCAAACGCAUAUAUACACUACCAUACGCUAUGUAUUCAUAUAUACAGCCAUAUUUAACUACAUAACUAUCGGCUUAUUCAGGGGCGCCGGAACGAAGCUAUUCUCCUCGGGGCAGUCCGUACUCCUAGCCCUGAAAAGGUGGGGAAGUGGGGGCACGGCCCUCCCCCCUCUAUAUGAAGUGCCCCCGGUUUCGGCGCCCCUGAGCUUUAUGCAUAACCCAUGUACUGCACAAAGGCAUCGAUUUGCUGUCGCCCCUUUUACUUUUUAUAAGCUAUAUGUAUCUUAUCUUAUUCGGGGUGCUGCUAGGCCCCAGAACGUAUUCUAUAUAUUCGUGUAUCCCUUUGGACGGCGGUCCUCAUAGGUUACGAACGCACCGGAGUGUGCGGAAGGAGCUACUCCAUACAAGAGAACAUAACCAGUAUUUACUAACGCAAGCUACCCAGGCGAUGUGCAUAAUAACUGAACCGAAUCAUAAUACGAAUCAUAAUCACGACGCGAUUAGCCUUUGUGAGACGCAACUGUAGCCCCUGCCGAGUUAGCGGAUAACUAUCCUUCUGUUCCCCAAUCUCUCCGUGUGACGAACUCCUUGCGUUGAAUCCUUGGCGCACCUGCCCAGUGCGACCCAGCGCCGACCUUCCUUCGUCAGUGUAACAAGCUUUAAGCAAGUCAUGCCAUGCCACGCCCCGCAGCGCACCGUCCCGUCCCGACCCGACCCGCCUUGAAUGUGUCCCGGCCGAAAGCAUUCCCCCUGUUGUCGUAGAGGAGCUGGGAGACGUGAGUGUAGAACCGAAACCGAUUCCUUUUGUAGAUAGAGAUCAAGCAGUUGUCGACCGAUAAAAAGAUGAUAAAACUGAAGCUAACAUUAAAAAGUAAAAGAAAGUAAAAGAAAGUAACGUUGAAAUUAUAACAGUAACUCGCACUCGAAACUUGCGUAACGGUCGUUCUAAACGCCCCCAAACGCAACGGUCUAAGCAGAACGAGUAACGAUAAUAAGUGAAUAACGAACCUAAUUGUAAGUCGCUCAACAGAUGAACAGAGUAUUUUGAUAGGAUGACGGGAUAUCGAACGGAUAAGUAGGCUAACAUCUUUGCCAGUGUUGUUCUUGAAUUGUUCCCCCGAAACUAAACGAAACUAAUGUGUGCAAAAAUUGCGGUAAUUAAUUAAAUUUAAUCUAAACUAAAUAUAAACUAAACUAAUUCGGAUAAAACAUCUAAGCUGGGUAGUCGCAUGUAAAUCUAACCAAUACCAACCUAAGUUAGACCUGAAAUGUAACGAAACACAAACACAACAAAUCGAAUUGCAUUUAAAGAACCUAAUAAAUAAUAAUAGCAAUAAUUAACGUUAAUAAUCUAUAUGAAUGUAACUAUAACUAUAUCUACGCUGUAUGUAUGACCCUAUAUUUAUAUAUGUUAAAUGUUUUUUGACUAUUUUUCUCUAUUUAUACCCAUAUAUAUUAUAUAUGUAUACCUAUACGAUAUGUGUGUAAUAGCCCCUUUUGGUCACUUUAGUUGUCUUUUAUGUAUAUUUAAACAAGUAAAACAGCUGAAAUAGCCAAAUCAAGAGUUAA